GAAUUGGCUUCCUCCUUGUGGAUAAGUCUUUUAGACUGAAACAAAAAAGCCGAUAGAGGUAGCGAUGGAGCCGCCGGCUCCGACGAAGAGAGGAGGCAGAGCCGAUAUUGGCGAAAGAGAGAUCUGCAUCUUCCUGGAAGCUCGGAAUCUGGAAAAACAUUGGUUUCAAAUUUCUCUACGAAAUUGCACAUCGUCAAUUUUUCAAAAGGUUCUACGUACGACGGGCUCAUUGACUCCCAAUUUUUGUGGUCAGUCCACACAGUGGGGAAAUUUCAAGUAAAACAAAGGACAUGGCAGUUUUUUUAGUUAUCCAAAGCUUAGAGAAUUUCUACCAACUUUCCAUGACAAAAUCUAGAAGAGGCCUUUUCAUGUCUACGGUGGUGAGUUUGGAACUUCGAAUCAAGUGCCAAAGCGAAUGAACAUGUUCCAGAAUGCUCUUGGGGAGGAUAGCCCGUUUGCUUUUCUCGAACCCCUGAUUCGGAAAGUGGUAAGAGAAGAGACAGAAGGUGCCAUUUCCAAAUUUUUCCCCUCGUCUUCAAGCAGCUCAGUUAGUGAAUCUGAAACAACAACAGCGGGAUAUAGUCUGCAGCUUCUGUUUGAAAGCAAAUUGCCUGACGGAAUAUUCACUAACAAUCCGCUGAAAGCUGAGGGCGGAAAACCAUUGAAAAUUCAGCUAUGCCAUGCCAAUUCCAAGACUAUUGUGAAAUCGGGUCCACUGUCAUCGGCCAAGGUUGAUAUUGUUGUCAUCCAUGGGUUAUUUUCCAGAGGUAGAGAGGACUGGACUGAGGAGAAGUUCAAUGCCAACAUUUUAAGUGAAAGAGAUGGCAAAAGACCUUUAUUAGCAGGACCCCAGAGUGUCGUCUUGAAAAACGGGGUUGGAUUAAUCAGUGAUCUUAGCAUCACUGAUAAUUCCAGCUGGAUACCGAACAAGAAGUUCAUAUUGGGAGCUAAAAUUUCACAAAAGAAUUCUGGAGAAGAAAGAGUUAAGCCAGCCAUAAGCUGUCCUUUUUCUGUCAAAGACAGCCGUGGAGAGGGGUAUACAAAGCGUUAUCCUCCUAGCUUGCAAGAUGAAGUAUGGCGUUUGGAGAAAAUACGAAAAGAUGGUAAAUUCCAUGAACAGCUUUCUUCGCAUGGAAUUCUCACGGUCCAUGACUUUCUCUUGUUGAAUGAAACAAAUCAACCCGAGUUGCGCCGUAUACUUGAACGAAUGUCAGAUAAGAUAUGGCGAAAAGUUUUGGGUCAUGCAAAAACUUGCACUAUGGAUGAUUGCACGGUUCCUAGAUGCUCACUUGGAUGGAAUGGGGGAUUGGUUGGAGAUCUGGAUAAGCCAAUAUAUCUGAACAGGUUUGAUGAGCAACCAACCCCUAAACUGUCGUUGACUUACCAGGAAGCUGGUCCUUCAUCUAUAUCUUCAACUUUAGGAUCGCAACCUCUGGGACCUGGUAUCGCACUUUCACAAGAAAACCUGCAAAUCUGUGCUCCAAAUACUUACAACAGCGAAGAAGAUGGAGCACGACCUCCAAUUUUCCAAAUCUGUUACAAUCACACAAAUCAAACUUUUUCUCAAACACUGCAGCCUGAUUACACUGAGGAAGAGUGUUCUUUUCUGCCACACUCUCCAAUUUACUUCACUCCAGCACCAAGCGAGCAUGGAUAUGAUUUGCUUCCUUCUUCGAGUUAUACAGCAGAGACUGGGGGGAGUAGAAUUUUCCCUUAUCCGGAUCUCGGGGCUAAUAUCUUAAAUGGAGCAGAUUAAGUUUCAAGUUGUUCUAUUGAAGUAUAUCAGUUGGAUCUUCAAACCAGAAUGGCAAAGCCAUUCCAGUUCAGAUACCGCUCACUGUGCUUGAUUCUGGAAGUGUCAAGCAACAUCCUUUGUGGUCUUAACGUCAAGUUACUACACACCCAAGGAGAAAAGUUUCUGCUAAAUUUGCAGGUCGUUAAUCUGUUAAAGAUUUUUUCUUUCUUUCUUUUUGGUAGAUACCUCUCAUGUGUUUUCCUGCAAUAUUUUUGCUUUCCCUUGGGGCCAAUGUGUAGCAACUACCAAAUAGUCUUUGUAAAGAGUCUGUUUUUCCUCGUUUUAUCUUUGUUUCAGAUCUGCAAGUUGUAAUUGUUGUUAACUUACAAUCAAUUAGAAAGGGAAAGAUUUUUCUUCGCAAUAAA